GGCCAGUAGACAAUGGAAUGCUAUGAAAACAACGAAUUGGAAAAAGGAAAGAGGAUAUCACAUCAAGAGUUACUCUGAGCAAGACGAAAGGCCAACGCCAUCAAAUACCUAUGGAUAAAUCAUGAUAUCCAAUAUCUAGCUGUUUGUCAUACGAUUUCCCUGCCCAUGCCAUGCCAUCCAUCCAUUGUCUAGAGCGACUAGGACGGACAGCCUAGCCAACCACGCCAACCAGCCCCAGCUGCUCUACCCUAUUGCGGUUUACCCCACAACAUUACAUCAAUCCAAUCCUUACCUGCCCUCGGCCAAUUCCUCUUUUAUUUUCCUAAGCUAUAAAACUAUAGAUAUAUCAAUGGCUCCCGACUUAAACUCACUUCCUCCUUCACGAUCAUCAAAUACUUCACCUACCAUGUCCCGCACAGCUCCAAAUCCAGGCGAGAGCCCCGCACAUAUGAAUGUACGAGCUCAAAGUCCUUCUCCAUCGCCACGCUCUGCAUCCACGUCGCUCCAAGCUGCUGCUGCAGUUAACGCGGGCCUCCAACAAGAAGAAAAUACACGACGUGGUUCUACAAGCCGGCAUCGACAAGCUUCGACAGCUUCACACUCAGGCAGAAGACGAUCAACAGUUCUGAAUGCUUUACAAAUGAAUGAUCCAACCUUACCACCUCAAGGGGAAAUCGUGAGCGAAAGUCAAAAUCGUACAGCCAGCCCGAUGUCACUCACAGGGUCACCUAUCACUGCAAGUGGUGAUCAUCGACAUUAUCGCGCACCUAGUCUUGGCGAAAUUCAUCAGGAAUUGGAACAAGAACAAGAAGCUCAAGUGAAUCGCCUUUUGCAUAUGAUUCGAACUCAACAACAACAACUCCAGCAAUUACAAGCUGCUAGUGGUCAAGUGGCAGGAUCUGUUGCCAUAGAGGAAUCUACUCCAACAUCUGAGCGAUCCCUAUCAUUUUCGACUCAAAAUAUCCCUCCAAAUGUCACGUCGGCAGUCCAGGCUCCCCGAUCACCCGUUACUGCAAUGCAUCCUCGAACUUCCUUCGAUGUUGCACGAGAAAAUCUGAGCCGGCGAUCCAGAACACCAAGUCGAACUGCAUCUCCUAGGUUAAGAUCUACAUCUAUAAGCAAUGAAGGGGGAGACUCAUGGAAUUUGGGUGGUCGUGAUGAAAGUGCAUAUUAUCAAGCCGAAACCCAGACAAUGAUUCGAGAGAAUCAAAUGUUGCGUCAAAGAAUUCGAGAAUUGGAGCGGCAAGUUAGUGAACAGCAUGUAAAUUCCUCGAUAACACACGAACCUGCCACGAGCUCCCAUCUAACAUCUUCCACCUCUCUUCCUGAAGAAGCAACACCGCUUGUUGCUCCGACAGAGGAGCCGAAACAAGAUUGACACGAUGCAAACACUCAGAGACUUUCUUUAUGUAUGGGAAAUACUGGGGGCUAGAGGCGUAAUAAAUGAUUCCACGGAUCAAGUGUAUCCAGAUUGUAAACUUUACAGAAUUUUGGCGUUGGUGUGUUUGCUACAACGGUUAUUGCUGGGCAGUGAUGGAGCUACCUACGAGUCCAAAGGCGCGUGUGAGAAGGUUUCUCAUUCCUAGAAUCAAGAUUUAACCACAACUCAACCCGUAAUGAAUUAUAUUCUUUCAGGUCUUUAGGAUUCCAUUCA